AUGCAUCUGCACCAGGUGCUCACCGGGGCAGUCAACCCGGGCGACAACUGCUACUCGGUGGGCAGCGUCGAGGACACCCCCUUCACGGCAUAUGGCUCCGGUUGCGACAUUGUGAUUUUGGCACAUGACUUCGAAUGUGUGCAGAUUAUUUCCGGUGCUAAGCAUGGAAACAUCCAAGUCAGCUGUGUGGAGUGCUCCCAGCAUCAAGGAAGGAUUGCAGCCUCUUACGGAAACGCCGUGUGCAUCUUUGAGCCCCUGGGUAUAAAUUCCCACAAGAGAAACUGUCAACUGAAGUGUCAGUGGUUGAAAACAGGGCAGUUUUUCCUCAGUUCUAUGACCUUCAACUUAGCAUGGGACCCCCAAGGUAACCGGUUGCUGACAGCAACAGAUUUCUUGCAAUUAUGGGCCCCUCCACCUAGCGAUACCCUUGAAGAAGAGGAGGAAGAAGAUGUUGUCAAAGAAGAUAAAAUUCAUCCUGUUCUAAAUGACUGGAAAUGUGUCUGGCAAUGCAAGACAGCGGUGUCUGUGCAUCUGAUGGAGUGGUCACCAGAUGGUGAAUAUUUUGCAACAGCUGGUAAGGACGAUUGUCUUUUAAAAGUCUGGUAUCCAAUGACGGGCUGGAAGUCAUCUCUCCUACCCCAAGACAGAGAAGAGCAAAAGAAGAUCUCUGCAUCGGUUCACUUUGCCUUUGUGUAUUUGGCGCAUCCUCGAGCAGUGACUGGAUUUUCGUGGCGAAACACCAGCAAGUUUAUGCCCAGGGGCUCAGUUUGCAAUGUGCUGCUUACUUCGUGCCUCGACGGCAUUUGCCGGCUCUGGGCAGAGACUCUGUUGCCAGAAGACAGCCUUUUGGGGGAGCAGAUCUGCGAGACGAGCACAUCCAGCAUUAGCACCAGCAGCAGCCUCUCUCAUUCCGGGAGACACAAAGACAACAUUCAGCAUGCAUUGGAGACCAUUCAUCACUUGAAAAAUAUGAGGAAGGGGCAGCGAAGAUGUUCCAUCCUCAUCACACACACGGAAGAUUUGGCUGACCAGCUGGGGACGCAUGAAGUCCAGCGGCACAUUUCACACCAUGCUAACGCCCUCUGCCAUUUCCAUAUCGCUGCGAGCAUUAAUCCGGCCACAGACAUCCCACCAGCUUUGGUUAAGACAGCUUUCAGUGUUGAUGAAGGAAAUGAAGGCUUCGUUGUUCACUGGCUGAACAAUAAAGAGUUCCAUUUUACGUCCUGCAUCGAGAUCUUUAUGCAACACCUCCGGCAACUCACUGACGAGCAGACAAGGAAAGAAGAGGAGGAGGUUGAGGAGCUGGAUGAGCAGGAAGAGAAAGAGAGGGGCUUGCACAUGAAACUUGACCAUGAGUUGUCUCUCGAUAGAGAAUCUGAGACAGGGACAGGGACAGGUUCCUCGGAACACGAAGACGGGGAGAGAGAGGGGAGCCCCAAAAUCCUUUCUCCAGCCGCCUUGCCUGUUCCGCUUCCCACCGUGCUGCUUGACCGUAAGAUAGAAAUGCUCUUGAAAGAAUGGAACAAGAACCCGGACAUGCUGUUCACCAUCCACCCUAUCGAUGGCACCUUUCUAGUGUGGCACGUGAAAUAUUUGGAUGAAUACAACCCUGGGAUCUUCAGACAAGUUCAGGUUUCGUUUUCUUCUCAGAUCCCUGUUGCAUUUCCAUCAGGAGAUGCGAGCUCCCUUAGUAAAAAUAUCAUGAUGUAUGCCUGUACUACCUCCGCAAAAGAAAUCAGUAAUGCCCUGCAACAGAGGAGAUCCAGCAUCCCCGAUGACAUGUCGGUAUUGAGGCUGAGCAGUCCCCAGGACAAUUUGAGCUUAAACAUCACCGUUCCCACUGUCAUGAUGGUUUCCAAACACAUUGAUGGCUCCCUAAAUCAGUGGGCCGUCUCCUUCGCAGACACAUCCGCUUUUACGGCAGUGCACACUGUCACUCACAAAUUUAGGUAUUGCGGACACCGAUUUCAUCUCAACGACCUGGCCUGCCACUCGGUCCUACCCUUGCUGCUAACAUCUUCCCACCACAAUGCUCUGCUAACCCCGGAUUCCGACCAGCCGUGGGACUCAGAUGGCCUCAACAAAAUGGUGGAUCCUAUGAGGCUUCUCAAAGGCUCUUCCAGGCAGCAGCUCCGAAACGCGGCCACUCGGACAUUCCACGACCCAAACGCAAUCUACAGCGAACUGAUUCUGUGGCGGGUAGACCCCAUCGGUCCCCUAUCGUACACUGGAGGAGUAUCAGAGCUGGCUCGUAUCAAUUCUCUUCAUACCUCCGCUUUUUCUAAUGUGGCUUGGCUUCCGACUUUGAUUCCCAGCUACUGUCUUGGUACCUACUGCAAUUCUGCCAGUGCUUGCUUCGUGGCCUCGGAUGGCAAAAACCUGCGGUUAUACCAAGCUGUGGUGGAUGCACGGAAACUUCUGGAUGAACUGAGUGACCCUGGGUCCUCCAAAUUAAUCGGUGAGGUGUUUAAUAUUGUGAGUCAGCAGUCAACAGCUCGACCAGGGUGCAUUAUUGAAUUAGAUGUCAUAACUGACCAGUGUGGGUCGAACACACAAUUACUUCACGUCUUCCAAGAGGAUUUCAUUUUGGGAUACAAGCCACAUAAGGAAGAUAUCGAGAUAAAAGAAACAGAGAUAUUUUUCCAGCCAUCAAAAGGUUAUCGCCCACCACCCUUCUCUGAGAAGUUCUAUCUUGUAGUCAUCGAAAAAGAUAGCAGUGGCCGCUCAGUCCUUCAUAUGUGGCAUCUACACCUCAGAUCUGUGCAGGCGUGUGUAGCAACAUCUAUGGAAGGUAAUUCAUUUGAAAACCAGCUGACUGUCCCUGGUCAAAAGACGGUGGAGUCAUCCCCAGACACGUCCCCUGGUGCCACCCCAAUGCCGCGUUCCUCAUCCGUUGCGAAUCUUCAGACAGCCAGUAAACUUAUUCUGAGCUCCUGCCUCGUGUACAGUUACCCGCUGGAUCUUCCUGCUGGCAUAGAAGUUAUAAGAGCAACUCCUUCUGCAGGGCACCUGAGCUCUUCGUCCAUCUACCCCGUCUGUCUCGCCCCUUAUUUGCUGGUGACUUCCUGUUCUGAUAAUAAAGUGCGGUUCUGGAGGUGUUCCAUAGAGACAGUGGCGAGCAGCAAAAAUGGUACAAAGGAGACCUACCACUGGAAGAAGUGGCCAUUAAUGAAUGACGAAAGAGAUGAGGACAGCAGCACAGUGUCAGUCGUGGGAAGGCCGGUUGCGGUCAGCUGUUCCUACACGGGGCGCUUAGCUGUGGCGUACAAGCAACCCAUCCAGCAUAACGGGUUUCUUUCCAAAGAGUUUUCUAUGCACGUUUGUAUUUUUGAAUGUGAGUCAACUGGAGGAUCCGAGUGGGUGUUGGAGCAGACAAUUCACCUGGAUGAUUUGGUGAAAAUGGGGAGCGUCCUGGACUCGAGAGUCAGCGUGGACAGUAAUUUAUUUGUGUACAGUAAAUCAGAUGUGUUCUUGAACAAGGACAGGUACCUCAUGCCGAAUAUCAAGCAUCUGGUCCAUUUGGACUGGGUUUCGAAGGAAGAUGGCUCACACAUCCUUACGGUUGGGGUGGGUGCCAACAUUUUCAUGUACGGGCGUCUUUCGGGAAUCGUGACAGAACAAACCAGCAGCAAGGAUGGUGUGGCUGUCAUUACUUUACCACUAGGUGGUAGCAUAAAGCAAGGUAUCAAAUCUAAAUGGGUACUGCUGAGAUCAAUUGACCUGGUCUCCUCUGUGGAUGGUACCCCUUCCUUGCCUGUCUCUCUGUCUUGGGUAAGAGAUGGAAUUCUGGUCGUUGGGAUGGAUUGUGAAAUGCACGUCUACGCGCAGUGGAAACAUGCCGCGAAAUCAGGAGACGGGGGAAACAAUGCCUUUGUGGUCGAAGAUUCGCCCAUGCUGGAUCUGACGAAAACAAGCCUGCUUGCAAAGAAGGCCAGUAUAAUCGACGGGGCUGGAAUUGUGGACGAUGUCUUUGGUACCCCCACUGUGAUUCAAGACGGUGGCCUGUUUGAAGCCGCUCACGUCCUUUCCCCUACUCUCCCUCAGUAUCACCCAACCCAACUGUUAGAACUGAUGGAUUUGGGCAAAGUUCGCCGAGCAAAAGCCAUUCUUUCGCAUUUAGUGAAAUGCAUUGCCGGGGAAGUUGCAAUUGUUAAAGAUCCGGAGGCAGGAGAUGGUGGUUCCAAGCGGCAUCUGUCCCGUACCAUUAGCGUCAGCGGCAGCACUGCUAAAGAUGCCAUCACCACUGGGAAAGACGGCACACGGGACUACACCGAGAUAGAUUCUAUUCCGCCUCUGCCCUUAUACGCGCUCCUCUCAGCAGACCAGGAUUCCACGUAUAAAACCGAGGAAAUCACCAAAGGACCACAAGUCUCAGAAGAUCGUGUAAAAAGGAAAGCAGAGGACCAGUACUCAGACCUUUUCCAGGUUCAGCAAGUCACAACUGAUGACUUCAUCGACUUUGAGCCAGAAAAGAGAGAGAAUAGAUCCAAAGUCAUUAACCUCUCUCAGUACGGGCCAACUUACUUUGGCCGAGAACACGCCAGUGUCCUUUCAAGCCAUCUAAUGCACUCCAGUUUGCCAGGACUCACCCGACUGGAACAAAUGUUCUUGGUCGCCUUGGCAGACACCGUGGCCACGACGAGCACUGAACUUGACGAAAACAGGGAGAAGCAUUACUCAGGGAGAGACACGCUAGACGAGUGUGGCUUGCGGUAUUUGUUAGCGAUGCGUUUACACACCUGUCUUCUGACAUCGCUCCCGCCUCUGUACCGUGUGCAGCUGCUCCAUCAAGGUGUUUCCACCUGCCAUUUUGCCUGGGCGUUUCAUUCAGAAGCUGAGGAAGAGCUGAUCAACAUGAUUCCUGCCAUCCAACGAGGAGACCCACAGUGGUCCGAACUUAGAGCCAUGGGAAUAGGCUGGUGGGUCAGGAACAUUAAUACCCUGCGAAGGUGCAUGGAAAAGGUCGCAAAAGCAGCGUUCCAGAGGAACAAUGAUGCCUUGGAUGCCGCGCUCUUUUACCUUGCGAUGAAGAAGAAGGCGGUGGUGUGGGGUCUGUUUCGGUCUCAGCACGAUGAGAAGAUGACGCAGUUUUUCAGCCAUAAUUUCAGCGAAGAUCGGUGGCGUAAAGCAGCUUUAAAAAAUGCUUUUGCCUUGUUGGGGAAACAGCGCUUUGAACAGUCUGCCGCCUUUUUCUUAUUAGCAGGGUCGCUAAAAGAUGCUAUAGAGGUGUGCCUUGAGAAAAUGGAAGACAUCCAGUUAGCUAUGGUUAUUGCUCGUUUGUAUGAGUCUGAAUUUGAGAUCUCCUCCACCUACACAGCCAUCCUUUAUGAAAAAAUUUUGGGCUGUGAAAAGGACGGAACUGGGUUCAGGUGUAGUAAGCUGCACCCCGAUCCUUUCCUGAGAAGCCUUGCUUAUUGGGUCAUGAAAGAGUACACCCGAGCACUUGACACUUUGCUAGAACAGACACCAAAGGAAGACGAUGAAAAUCCAGUCAUCAUCAAGUCUUGCAAUCCGGUGGUGUUCAGUUUCUACAACUACCUUCGUACCCACCCCUUGCUGAUUCGGAGGAAUUUUUGCUCACCUGAGGGGGCUUUGGCCACUGUAGGUUUACAGACAGAGAAAAGCUUUGUGGAUAAAAUCAAUCUCAUCGAGAGGAAGCUGUUUUUCACCACCGCCAAUGCUCAUUUCAAAGUGGGGUGUCCCGUCUUAGCUCUUGAAGUCCUUUCCAAACUUCCCCAAAUAAGCCACAGAGCCAUGCUUUCUGCCAAGAAAGAGGUAGCCAGCCCGAGUCCCGUUAUGCAGAACGGUGUGAAAUCAGAGCCAAAGGCAUUGGGAGAAGAGAGCACUGCAGACUGGUCACAGCCAUCGGCCGAGUCAGUAAACCUUAUCGACUGGAGCCAGCCAGUGGUAACAUUUGAGGAUGAACCUUUGAAACUUGAGUGGGACACAGACCGAAGCGGUUCACAAGAAGAUGAAGAGGAGGAAGGCUUGCUCCUGAAGGAUUCAAAACUGGAAGCUGAAAGUCAAAAGCAAGCCGAGAAGAGCCCAGAUGCCGAUCAAAGCCCGGACACGGACACAGAGGAAACCGAGGUCGACGUGAUCGCUGAGCAGCUCAAGUUCAGAGCGUGUCUCAAGAUCCUCAUGACCGAACUGAGAACGUUGGCCACGGGCUAUGAGGUUGACGGAGGGAAGCUCCGGUUCCAGCUGUACAACUGGCUGGAAAAAGAAAUCGCAGCUUUGCACGAAAUCUCCAACCACGAAGCACGUAGCAAAGGCUACACGGAGGCCCGGAUCAACGGAGACUUGCUCGAGCAUGAAGAAGCGUCCGAUAAGCCGGAGAUCGGCUCGUACGAGCGGCACCAGAUCGAAAGGCGGAGGCUGCAAGCGAAGCGCGAACACGCCGAACGGCGGAAGUGGUGGCUGCAGAGGAAUCAGGCGCUCCUGAGGGUCUUUCUGAGCUACUGCAGCCUCCAUGGAGCGCAGGGGGGCGGCCUGGCAUCCGUGAGGAUGGAGCUGAAGUUUUUGUUGCAAGAAUCGCAGCAAGAGACGACCGUCAAGCAGCUUCAGUCCCCACUUCCAUUGCCCACAACCCUGCCGUUGCUCUCGGCAAGCAUCGCUUCCACCAAAACCGUGAUAGCCAAUCCCGUGUUGUACUUAAACAACCACAUCCAUGAUGUUCUUCACACCAUCGUGCAGAUGAAAACCCCUCCGCAUCCCAACGUUGAAGAUGUCAAGGUUCAUACUCUUUAUUCGUUAGCGGCUUCACUUUCUGCAUCUAUUUACCAAGCACUGUGUGACAGCCAUAGCUAUAGCAGUCAAACAUUGACAAAUCAGUUUACCGGAAUGGUUUAUCAAGGACUGUUAUUAAGUGACCGUCGCAGAUUGAGGACAGAAAGCAUUGAAGAGCACGCGACACCAAAUUCAUUGCCUGCUCAGUGGCCUGGGGUGAGUUCACUUAUCAGUCUCCUAAACACAGCCCAGGACGAGGACCAACCCAAGUUAAACGUCUUGCUGUGCGAAGCGGUCGUGGCUGUCUACUUGAGUCUGCUGAUCCACGCUCUGGCCACUAAUUCGUGCAAUGAAAUGUUUCGGCUGGCGGCCCACCCUUUGAACGGUCGCAUGUGGGCUGCUGUUUUUGGUGGAGGAGUGAAGCUUGUCGUAAAGCCAAGAAGGCAGUCUGAAAAUAUUCCAGUAGCUGAUCCAGUUUCUGGUGAAACAAAGGACACUAACGAAGCACCUCCAGUACCUUCCGAAGAGAUGGAUAAGCAUCGCCGUCGGUUCAACAUGAGGAUGCUGGUGCCGGGGAGACCAGUGAAGGACAGUGCUGUCCCUCCCCCCGUGCCUGCGGAAAGGCCAUCCUACAAAGAAAAAUUCAUCCCUCCAGAGCUCAGCAUGCUGGACUAUUUUGUUGCCAAGCCGUUCCUUCCUUUAUCUGACAGCGGGGUGAUAUAUGAUUCCGACGAAAGCAUUCAUAGCGAAGAUGAAGACGAGGACGCCUUCCUCUCUGAUACGCAGAUCCUGGAGCACAAGGAUCCCAACUCGUACAGCUGGGCCCUUAUCCAUUUGGCGAUGGUAAAACUGGCACUGAACAAUAUUAAGACCUUUUUCCCCAUUACUGGUUUAGAAAUAUCUGAUCUUCCAGUCAAGUCACCCCUGGGAAUUGCCGUGAUUAAAAACUUGGAGAACUGGGAACAGAUCCUGCAAGAAAGAAUUGACCAGUUUGAAGGUCCACCACCGAACUACAUGAAUACUUAUUUCCCUGAGCUUGGAACAGGUGCCGGAGCAGCUGCUGCUCGAAUAAAAGCUAUGGUCGACCCUGAGAACACCCCAUUCAAAUCAAAAGACUACUCUGCGCUGCCAGCUAAAAGACUGUGGCAUUUUCUGGUGAAACAAGAACUACUGCAGGACACCUUUCUCCGGUACACCUUUGCCAAGAAAAGGAAACAAAGUGAGUCUGUAGAAGACCGUGAGGAGCAGGUCACACAAAACAGCCUAGCAGAAGAUGAAAAAAACAAGGUGGAGGCAGAACUCGGCUACCCAGGGGGAAAAGCAAAAAUUAUACACAAGGAGUCGGAUAUGAUCAUGGCAUUUGCCAUCAAUAAGGCCAACAUCAACGAGAUCGUUCUAGCAUCUACGCAUGACGUUCAAGAACUGGACGUGACGGCGUUGUUGGCUGCUCAGUCAUACAUAUGGAUUGGGGAAGAAUACGACCGUGAAUCUAAAAGUUCGGACGACGUCGACUUCCGUGGUUCCACCACGACACUCACGCAGAGCACUGCGUCUUUUGGCAUGGCUCAGAUGCAACCACCGCCUUCUAUUUCAACGUCAUCCAUGCCAUGGUUAGGCAGCGGGCAGACCAGCACCGGAGCAGGCAUACUAAUCAAGCGGAACUUGAAUAAUGUGAAACGAAUGGCUUCGCAUCCGGUCCAUCAAUAUUAUCUGACGGGAGCCCAGGAUGGGAGCGUGCGGAUGUUCGAAUGGACGAGGCCACAGCAACUGGUGUGCUACCGGCAAGCAGGCAACGCGAGGGUUACUCGAAUGUACUUCAAUUCUCAGGGGAAUAAGUGCGGCGUGGCGGAUGGAGAAGGCUUCUUAAGUGUGUGGCAAGUAAACCAAACAGCAACUAAUCCUAAACCUUAUAUGAGCUGGCAGUGCCACAGCAAAACCACAAGUGACUUUGCAUUCAUUACCUCUUCGAGUCUGGUGGCGACGUCUGGGCAGUCUAGUGACAACAGAAACGUGUGCUUGUGGGACACGUUGGUGUCACCAACGAAUAACCUCAUACAUGGCUUCACGUGUCACGACAACGGUGCUACAGUCCUUCAGUAUGCGCCGAAGCACCAGCUGUUGAUUUCCGGAGGCAGGAAAGGUUAUAUCUCCAUCUUCGACAUCAGACAGAGGCAAGUCCUUCAUACCUUCCAGGCUCACGACUCCGCCAUUAAGGCCCUUUCCCUGGACACCUCCGAAGAAUGUUUCUCUACGGGCUCGGCGGAAGGCAACAUGAAGGUGUGGAGGUUGACGGGCUACGGUUUGAUCCACUCCUUUAAACACGAGCACGCCAAACAGUCCCUCUUUCGGAACCUCAGCGCCGGAGUCAUGCAAAUCGAAAUGGCGCACGGCAACCGCAUCUUCUCCUGUGGAGCGGAUGGCACCCUGAAAAUGCGGGUGCUGCCCAACGCUUUCAGCCUCCCCUCCGGCCUUUGCGAAAUGCUGUAGGCUUCGUGCUGCCGUUGAUCCCGGCUUAAGCAGGUUUUUUUCUAAACUAUAUAUCCCAGGGGAAACAGUGCGAGGCUGGCCGUAGCUAGGGCUCUUAGGAGGGACGCUGCCCGUACUUUGCUUUAGAGUCGUCCUGCAGUGUUUGACGCUAUAGUUGAAAUUUGCAAAGAUGAGCCACAUUUUGACUUUUAAAAAAACAAACCCACACUUGUAUCGUUUUGAGCACUGCAUCUAUGGAUUGAUGGGCUGGGAAUGCAUGCACUGUACUGGAAUAGAAGUCCCCAUUCAAGUGAUCACAUGGCCAGUACCCUGACCCACAAGCCUCGUUUAUUAAGCAAGCGCCACACGUGUUUGCAGAUGUACAGUUGACGCAAAUCGAUCAAGUUCUCUUUUUCUCUGGGUUUUUUUUUAAGUGUAAUUUCUGAAUAUUUUUUCCAAGUCUUUGCCACUGAUUUCAAGCAUGUCUGCUGCUUUCUCCUCCACUUUUUCCCCCUUUGGAAACAAUUCAGUGUGACGAAGCGGGUAUGGGAUGCCAGUGUGAUCUUAUGGAUGAUCACUGGGGGAAUAUCCAAAAAGUGGGGAUGGUCACAUAACGGGACUUAUGUGCAAUGAGGAACGUGCUGUGAGCUAAAGUACCUUCACUGUCAAACGCUGAAAUGGAAUCCUCCUCUUCCCCCUCCUCCUCCUAACUUAGUAUUAAUAUACGGUUUAUGCUGUAAAAAUGCACAGAAGCACGUUUCGCAAGAGCAGUGGAGGGGUUUUCCUGAAAUUGCACACUCCCUUCUGUUUCCCGGGUCUUUGGGUAGAGAUGGACAUGACGAAAGACACAAGGCUGCCACUGAAAAUGGCGUUCCCCUCUCCCCCCUUCCACAGUGUUUAGCAUACCUUAGCCCUACUGUGUGCUGCCCUCCUCCGCUUCUAGCCUUAUCAUUGGCUUCUAGAGAGAGACAGCAAAAUGACAUCAGGAUUCGGGUUUCAUUCUCUAUUGCAUAAGGGGGAGAGGAAUUGGACACAGGGUGACAUUUCAGGGGCAGCUCUGUAUCUUGUAUGACGUUUAUUUUUGCCUUUUGACCCUGUUCCCCCCCCCCCCCCCCGUCUCCUGCCUUGGCAUUAGGAAUGUAUUGUGAGCGUUAAAUGUUUGUAGUGAACAAAUAACCUAUUUCUAGCCCUCUUCUGAACUUUGAUUUGAAACAAAAACAAUUAUCCAAGGGGAAAAAAGCUAUAGAAAAAAAACCCUACAGCUAGACCCAUACAACGCCACAUUUCGGAUGAAUGUCAGGUUUUCAUGUGGCCAAGUAGCUGACAAACCUGGUAAUUGGAAUUACCACAGCAUAUUGUAUAAAACUAUGCAGAGGUCAAUAUUGUUUGCUUUGUAAUAUACCAGCUAUUGUUUGUCAUAUCUAGAUGUAUUUUUCUCUGUUGUAAAACAGGAAGACAUGUUCUUACUUAAGAUACCGGAGCUGAUGUCUGUGUAUUUAAAUGUUAACAAAUUGUAUUUUUCCUCCCUUCUCCGAUGAGAAUUUUGGUGUCUGUGGUGUACUGUAAAAAAAUAAAUAUGCUACUACUAUGGCAGGAUAAAAAUGCACCUUUUUGUCUAAAGACAGUUUUAAUUGCAAGAUGUGAAGUAUGUAUAUGAAAAGAAAGCAGAUGUAAUUUGUUAGUUUUACCUUUGUAAGUUAAAUAAAUACAUUUUAUUUCACGGA